AUGGUGGAGACUCAGAUACCUCUAUGGAUCGUCAUAGUUUAUUUGACAGACUUAUUUUUGCAACUUGAGAAUGGAAGCUCUGCUUCUAGUGACAUAGGCAUCGACCCAAUGCAUGCAGGACUGGAUCAGUGGAACUCUGAUAACCAAGUCGAAGAAGAUAGAGAUUGGGAAGAGGCUAUUUGGAAAGGAAACAGAUCGGUUGACAUCACAGGAGUUGCUCAAGCACAAUAUGCUGAUGAUUUUGCUGACUUCAAAGAGUCAAAGUUUCGAAUAACUUACAUUGGGAAUCCAGAAGACUAUGUCGAUGCAAGGGGGUUUGAUGAACUACUCGAGCAGCUUGCAGAGGCCGAUAGCUCAAGAAGAGGUGCAGCUCCUGCGGCUGCAUCGAUUGUGAGAGAUCUCCCAUCUGUAGUCAUUGCAAAUGAACAUGAGAUUUGUGCAGUCUGCAAGGACCCAUUGGUUGUUCAUACAAAAGCAAAUAAGCUUCCCUGCAACCACCUAUACCAUCCUUUCUGCAUCUUGCCAUGGUCAAUGGCGAGGAACUCAUGCCCGGUUUGCAGGCAUGAGCUUCCAACCGAUGAUCCAGAGUACGAAGAGGGGACUGAGGAAGCUCAUGACUUCAACGAUGCAAGGACUGAGCCAGGUAGUGUGGAGGAGCACCGUCAGGUGCCAACUCAAUCGAGGGGUGGAGGUAAUGGAGUCUGCUGGUUGUUUUUAGCUGCGGUUCCAGCUAUUAGUAUCGUCGGAAUCACUCUUGCUUGUUGA